GCCAUUUUUGCAAAGGGAAAAGAGACUGGUUUGAGGGGAUCUAAUUUCGAAAAGUCGCCGAUGACUAGGGCUCUGUUUUAACGGUUUCGACUAGAUUCACACGCAGAAAUUGGGUCAGGAAGCAGCAGAUUUCUCCCACCUCAGCGGACAGCUUAACAGGCAGACAUUUUACAGCUUUGCCAGGGAUCCGCAGUGUGUGCACAGAAGUAUUGUUUUGGUUGUGGAAGCUGUGUGGAAAGCGACGGGGGUCUCACCCAGGUCCCCUCACCCGCUAUCCAGACCCUCCAGAGUGGACAUAACACGGCCUUGUGGAUGCACUUAGAUGUCUGCAAUGACUGCUGUGGCUGGCAUGCCUCAGUGUUUUGGACUCCCAUUCUCUGGACUCAGUAGGACAAGAACUGAUCAGCAGAGAACGUCAUGAGCAUAGUCAUCCCAGUAGGGGUGGACACAGCAGACACCUCAUACCUGGACAUGGCUGCGGGCUCAGACAGACCAGAAUCGGUGGAGGCCAGCCCUGUGGUGGUGGAGAAGUCCAGCUACCCACACCAGAUCUACAGCAGCAGUUCCCACCAUUCCCACAGUUACAUUGGCCUGCCUUACGCUGACCAUAACUAUGGGGCACGGCCCCCACCCACCCCCGGCCUCCCCUCCCCCUCCAUGUUGAUCCGACAAGGAGAGGGGGGGUUGUUUGUUCCAGGAGGCCAGGACGACGCAUCCAGGGGCACAACGCUCAGCACCUCAGAGGAUGGCAGCUACGGGGCUGACAUCACCCGCUGCAUCUGUGGCUUCACCCACGAUGACGGCUACAUGAUCUGCUGUGACAAGUGCAGUGCCUGGCAGCAUAUUGACUGCAUGGGCAUCGACAGGCAGAACAUUCCUGAGACUUACCUGUGUGAACGCUGCCAACCACGACACCUGGAUAGAGAGAGGGCCAUCCUGCUGCAGACCAGGAAACGAGAGUGUUUGUCUGAUGGUGACACCAGUGCGACAGAGAGUGGAGAUGAGGUGCCGCUAGAGCUCUACUCCACCUUCCAACACACACCUACCACCAUCACGCUCACCACUGGGCGCCUUGGCAAUAAGCAGACUGAUAAAAAACGUAAAAAGAGUGGUGAUAAAGAGUCACCAGCAUCUUCUGCCAGAGCUAAGAAGGCCUUCCGAGAAGGGUCCAGGAAGUCCUCCAGAGUAAAGGGUGCUGCUCCGGAGCAGGAGCUGACAGAGCACCCGUCUCUGUGGGAGAACAAAAUCAAGACGUGGAUGGAGCGCUACGAGGAGGCCAGCAGCAAUCAGUACAGUGAGGACGUCCAGGUCCUGUUGCGUGUCAAAGAGCAAGGCGAUGGCAAAAGCCUGGCGUACAACACGCACCCCGCCUCUUUCAAACCGCCUGUGGAGAGUCAAGUUCAGAAGAACAAGAAGAUCCUCAAGGCGGUGCGAGACCUGGCCCCAGACUCCCUCAUCAUUGAGUACAGGGGAAAGUUCAUGCUUCGACAGCAGUUUGAGGCCAACGGAUACUUCUUCAAGAGGCCAUACCCCUUUGUGUUAUUUUAUUCAAAAUUUGACGGACUGGAGAUGUGUGUGGACGCUCGCAGCUUUGGAAACGAAGCACGCUUCAUCCGUCGCUCCUGCACCCCGAAUUCUGAAGUGCGGCACGUCAUUGAGGAUGGCAUGCUGCAUUUAUACAUCUACUCGUUGAGGCCCAUCAUCAAAGGCACAGAGAUCACCAUUGGUUUUGAUUAUGACUAUGGCAGCUGUAAAUACAAGGUGGACUGUGCCUGCGUGAAGGGGAACCAGGAGUGCCCGGUGCUCAAGCACAACCUAGAGCCCACAGAGAACCUGGGCUCUGGAGGCCGGCGCCGAGGGAGUCGCAAGGACAAGGAGACCGUCCGGGACGACCAGGGCCAGAACCAGAACAUGGGUUUGGACUGCGACGGGAAGAGCAAGGGCGUAGGCGACGGCAAACAGAGGAAACUCUCUCCUCUCCGCCUCUCCAUCUCAAACAACCAGGAUCCUGAGUUAUAUGAGGAUCUAGAAGACAAAACCUCCGUUAGCAAUGAAGUAGAGAUGGAGUCAGAGGAGCAGAUUGCAGAGAGGAGGAGGAAGAUGGCCAACCCAGCGGAGCAGUCCCAUCUCCCUGUCGGGGCGGCUUCCAGCUGGAAGGGACUGAAACACAAGGAGACCCGAGAAGAGAGAAAGAUGGAGGCCAUCCUGCAAGCCUUUGCCCGAAUGGAAAAGAGGGAGAAACGUAGAGAGCAGGCCCUGGAAAGAAUUGGUACCGGCAAGCCGGAAGUCGGGGGCCGCAGUGACAUCAAGGAGGAGCCUCCAGCCACACCGGAGAUGGCAGAUUCUCCUACUGUCAUGCAGCCACUGCUGGAGGUGAAAGAGGAGCCAGGAUUAAAGCCGGCCAAGGUCAAAAGCUCGAGGAACAGGAAGAGUUUCUCAAGGA